AUCAUCAGUUACACAAUGGAUUGUCUCAUUGCAGCAAACUCCAAAUUUUGCUUUGACUUUUUUCAAGAGAUAAGCAAAAGUGAUGGUUCUAAAAACAUCUUCUUCUGUCCUCUGAGCCUCUCAGCUGCCCUUGGCAUGGUCCGUUUGGGGGCCAGAAGUGACAGUGCACAUCAGAUUGACCAGGUCCUCCACUUCAACGAGGUUUCCCAGAGUGAAGGCGAAGCGGGGGACCCCUGUCUGAAAGACCAGGAGCGGGAGGUACUGGCCCACAGCUCUCCGGAGGGGUCGAAAGGAGCUGCUCCGCAGGUGAGCCGCGCGGGGUCUUCUGAGGAUGAAAGUGUGCGUCUCAGUUACUGCUUUGGGCAGCUUCUCUCCAGAUUAGAUAGAAUCAAAGCUGCUUACACCCUGAGCAUCGCGAACCGGCUCUACGGAGAGCAGGAAUUUCCAAUCUGUCCGGAGUACUCAGAUGGUGUGGUUCAAUUUUAUCACACAACCAUCGAAAGUGUUGACUUCCGGAAAGACACUGAGAAGUCCAGACAAGAGAUUAACUUCUGGGUGGAGUCUCAGUCCCAAGGUAAAAUCAAGGACCUCUUCAGCAAGGACACCAUUAACAACUCAACUGUGCUUGUGCUGGUGAAUGCCGUGUACUUCAAGGCCAAGUGGGAGAAAUACUUUGAAAGUGAGAGCACGGUUGACGCGUCUUUCUCGCUGAACAAGAAUGAAAAGAAGACCGUGAAGAUGAUGAACCAAAAGGGUGUCUUUAGAGUGGGCUUCAUCGAGGAGGUGAGGGCACAGAUCCUUGAAAUGCAGUACAUCCAAGGCAAGCUCAGCAUGUUCGUCAUCCUGCCGUCUCCCUCUGAGGAUAACCUGGCGGGCCUACAGGAGCUUGAAAGGAAUAUCACCUAUGAAAAAAUAGUGGCCUGGAGCAGCUCCGAAAAUAUGUCAGAAAAAAGAGUAGCUGUCUCCUUUCCCCAGUUCACCCUGGAAGACAGCUACGAUCUCAAUUCUAUUCUCCAAAACAUGGGCAUCACAGAUGUCUUCGAUGAAAAGAAGGCUGAUCUUACUGGAAUCUCUCCAAACCCCAGGUUGUACCUGUCUAAGGUCGUCCAUAAGACCUUCGUGGAGGUGGAUGAAAAUGGCACCCAGGCCGUCGGAGCCAGUGGGGCUGUUGGCAGCGUAAUGUCUUCACCGUCCUGGGAGACCUUUAACGCCAAUCGCCCUUUUCUCUUUUUCAUCAGACACAACAAAACCCAAACCAUUCUCUUCUAUGGCAGGUUCUGCUCCCCUUGA